AUGGCCGAUGCGUCCCGAACCAUGUCUCCCGAGGCAACGAGGGUGCACAACCCAACCUGCCCGCACUUUCUCAAAGAUAGUAACUUCCAUACCAAUCAUCAGAACCAUCACUGCAAGCUCACCGAAUAUCUCAAAACUGUACCAUACGUAAUCGAGCGUCUCACAUUUGAAGAAGGAUACGAACAAUCUGCAGAUACUUAUAUCGAGAAAGCUGUCCAAACUAUCGAUGACUUCGACAAAGCUUUCAAAGGGUAG